AUGGCCACUUCAUCGCGUACCCUGACACGAGAAGAGGCGCAGGAGAUCCUGCAAAGGCAUCUCCCAGGCGCAGAAAUCAAAUCGCUCGAGGACUUCUCUCCCUCUUCUCACAUCAUUCGUCUUGGUGACGGACGAGCAUACUUGCUCAAGCUCACGAGUUCUACCAAAGACUCGAAUGCCCCGCUUUAUGCGCCUAACAGUAUCUCCGCUCAACAUGCCCUUCUCGCACACCUCGCCGCGCAACCACAGUUCCCGUCUCUGCCCAUCCCAUCUCCCAUCGCUCACGGCGAUCAUGCCGGGCAUUCGUACCUUCUCACGUGCUUCCCGGAUCGUGCCACUACCCCAAACCUGCGCUCCUUGUCAUCUAUCCGGGAACAUAUGUCCCCUCGUGCCGUAGCCCUCGCCGAUCUCCAACUAGGACAAUACCUGCAUAGAUUGCACGAAGUCCAGAACGACUGGUUCGGCCCACCCGCGCUUGAAAGCGAAGGGCUAUGGGUUUGGCAGGAAGUCUUCGUACUUCUCCUUGAAGAAGCCCUCGAUCGCGCAGGGUCAUUGGGCUUGGCUCUGGAUAUUCCCGCGUUGCGUCGCUUGCUCUCGCGCGCUAUCGGCGCCUUCGUCUUCGACGACGCGGAAGUACCGAGCUUCGUCUGGUUCGCGGGAGGCUACGAUGAUGUCUACGUCUCCCAGCCGGAGUCGGAGGAUCCGGACAGCGUAGAGAUCGCGAUGAUUCUGGCGGACGUGGAGAACGCGCUGUGGGCCGAUCCUGCGCUCGAAAGGCUCUUCGCGAACCCCAGCCAGGCCUUACUCGAAGGUUACGAUGCACACCCGCCGCUUUUCGAGUUUCCCAGGCAGCACACGAAGCGCUUGUGGUAUACCCUAUACACAGCCCUUGUCCAGCUCUUAAUCGGGCGACUCGGGGGAGAUCAGGAGAGCCAGGCUCGGGAGACGGCGGAACGGGUGGCGAACGAACUUCAGAAUGCAACCAGUUACUGA